CCACGAGGCUAAGCUCCAGAAAAUGUUCCGCUUGCUGCUGCUGUGGAUCACUGUGGGACUGGUGGCAGCUCUGGAUGAGCGGGAGUUUGAUCCACAGGUGGCACCACCUCAAAGUUCAGUUCCAAAACCCUUUCAGCUGUGGCGAAGUUUUGCGAGUCAUGUGCGUCUUGUCUUCAGUCGCCUUCAACCAAAAUCACCAACUCCGCCCACCGUUAAGACGAGAACGGGUAUAACUACCACCACUCCCGAACCUGAACUGCAGUUCUAUGGAGCUCUGAAUCCCAUAUACCAAAUAGGGAACUUUUAA